AAAAUAAUCAUUAAAUGUUUUUAUAGUUAACUGUAUAAAGUAAUUUUUAAUAAAUUCACGUAAAAUUGAGAUUUUGCAGAAAAUAUGAAGAGAUUUGCUAUCAAGAGUCCUUAUCAGUACCAAUUACCAAUACGUAGAUUAAUAAGUAAAGUUGGACAGGUGGUAGUUCAUCCGGGAUUUGACAUGUUGUUUUUUUUAUUUAUCGAGGGAACAGUGCGCGGCGUGCUUUUAAAAAAACAAAGGAAAAUAAUAUUUUUACGCUAAUAAAUUGGGAAAGAAUGGCAGCAAAAUAUAAAAUAGAGGAUUUUUCAUCAAGUGAGGAAGACGAGGAUGAUAGGGUGUCAGAGGUUGAGCUUCCUGAGACGGACGCCGAUGAAUCAAUCAUUAUUAUGCCCAAAAAGAUUAAAGGUGUUAGGAAAAUACUAGAUUCCGAUGAUGAAGAGGCCCAGAGGGACUUUGACAGGAUAACUCUUUCACCAAAAACACGCAGAUCAAUUGGAAUUCGUGCUUCCACCAGGUUCAGGUCAUCUUCAGAGUCAGAUGAUCUCCUGUCUGAGGACGAAGAAUCCGAGAAUAAGGAGUCCGAGGACGAAGAAUUUCAUACUGGAGACAAUACACCUACAGACACUUCUACUAAUAUUCAAGAGUCCUUCAAAGUUGCAGCUGAUAAAUCUGGAAAAUUAAACAAUUCAGCCUUAAAUGGAAGUUUAUACCCUGGCAAUGCUUCAAGUAGAAAGCUUGAAACUGCAAACUCUGAAGCGCUCUUGACUGACGAUGAAUCAGAUGACGAGGAAACUGCUUCGAAAUCCGAGGAACUCGAAGGUGCUGUUGGUGGUAAAUCCCCAACUAUUCACGAUGACUCUCAUUCAAUAUCCGGAGCAGAUUCCUUUGCUGACGGCAUUGUAGAUAAAUUGUCUUCAACUCGAUACUCCAAAGUGUACGAGGUAGAUGAUGCUUUGGAGAAGGUGCAGAAGGGUCUCAAGAAUUUAGAAAUCUCUUCUGAAGACAUUGUUAUAAUUGAUUCUGACGAUUCCACCACUGACGAAAAGAAAGUUCAUGUCUCCGAGUCAUUCUACAAUCAAGAAAAAGAGAAAUUGGAGAAUUUGUUGGAGUACCAGCAAAAGAUGAAAGAUCUCUACAAUAAAUUGGGAACAAGUCUUCCCGAUAGGGGAAAGCAAAUCUUGAUAAAACAAAAAGAAACGCAAGCAGAAAUUGAUGAUCUAGUAAAAUAUAUUUCUACGCUUACUAUUGAUGGGACAAAAGACAGUCCCAAGGUGAGCAUAAGGGAGCGUUUGUCUGAAGAAGUGGUUGCUUCUCUUGAGUCUGUGCAAAAUCUGACAGAGCCGGAAGAGAAGAGUGAGGAAUUCAAAGAAAAAGGUAAAAAAGAGCCAAAUCAACGAAAAACUGAAGCACCGAAGGCAAUUAAAAUUGCCCACAUUAAAGAAAUCCAUAAAUCACUCGAUACAUGUCCUCCGGAGGAUAUGCUCAUGGAAGAACCGAAAGGUCUUAAGGUGUCCCUGAUGGAUCAUCAGCGCUAUGCUCUUACCUUUAUGACAUGGCGAGAGAAGAAAGUCCCCCAAGGAGGGAUUCUUGGAGAUGACAUGGGAACGGGUAAAACACUUACUAUGAUCAGCUUAAUUUUGCUGGAUAAAUGCCGAGAUGAGGAGGAAGAAAGUGAUGAUAAUGACCCGUCAUGGAGGAGGCGAGAGGAGAGUCACCUGAAGAAAGGUGGGACUCUAGUUGUAUGUCCGCCGACUCUGAUGCAGCAAUGGUGCAGUGAAGUUAAGACAAAAUGCAAGGCUCGCACUAUUGAAGGAUAUCAGCAUCAUGGACCCAAUCGGGAGACCAAACCACGACGGCUUUCAAAAUUCGACAUGGUCAUCACCACCUAUCCAACUCUUUCAUCCGAAUUUAAUAACCACGGACCACUGUUCGGUGUUAAGUGGCAUAGAGUCGUACUGGAUGAAGGUCAUGUCAUCAGAAAUCACAAGACAGCAAUGGCCAAAGCAUGUUUUGCAUUGCAUGCCCGAAAUCGCUGGAUCCUCACAGGGACACCAAUUCAAAAUCGGCUGAAAGACUUAUAUUCUGUGAUAAAGUUUUUACAAUAUGAGCCCUUCGAUGACAUAGUAUAUUGGAACCUUAUGAUCGGCGAUACCAAUGCAAAGAAGCAUGGAUACGAACGGGUACAGACUAUUCUCAAAUUGAUCAUGCUACGCAGAACAAAGCAGCAAUUGCAGGACCGAGGCAUAAUGAAAGAAUUACCCACCAAGGUUGUCAGGACAAUAAAUGUCACUCUCAAUCAAGACGAGAACAUUCUAUAUCAAAAGUUCUUGAUUUACUCCCAAACACUCUUUGCGCAAUAUCUGGAGCAGAAGACUAAUUAUAUGGGUCAGGAUCAAGAAUUUCUGAAGAAAACCCGUGCUCUCUAUAGCACAAUUAAGUCUAAAAUAAUGUCCCAUGAUGAUAUAAAAACGACGGAAAUUUUCACACUUAUUCUGCGAUUGCGUCAGAUCUGCUGCCAUCCGAACCUCCUGAAGAUUACACAGGAUGAAGAGUCAGAUGCCAAUAUAUCAAGUGAUACGUCCCAUUCUGCAGUGAACUUGGUCGAUUUGGUGGAUCGCCUUGACAUGGAUAAAUAUCUGGGUGAUGAUGUUCCAGCUCUCAAGGCAAAAUACAAUAAAGAAAUCCUCCUGAUGGAGAAGGCAAGCUCAAAAGUUACAGCUAUAAUGGAUGAAGUGCAAAAGGUGUUGGAAGUUGGGGAUAAAGUAAUUAUUGUAUCCCAAUGGACAAGUUUCCUGGAUAUUAUGGGUGCUCAUCUGAAAAAGAUCAAUGUUCCAUAUUUGGUACUGACGGGACAAACAAGGAUUAAGGAUCGUGGAGAAUUACUAGAGAACAUUAAUAAUCCAAAUCAUCCCGUGAAGAUUCUAUUGUUGUCGCUAGCAACUGGAGGAGUUGGCCUAAAUUUGGUUGGAGCCAAUCAUUUGUUUCUGAUUGAUCCACACUGGAAUCCUCAGUUGGAGCUCCAGGCAGAAGAUCGAGUUUAUAGAAAAGGACAAAUAAAACCUGUGACUAUUACAAAAUUUAUCACAGAGAAAACGAUCGAGACCAGAGUAGUGAAUCUGCAGAAAGAGAAGCUCAAUAUUGCAUUGACUGUAAUUGAUGGAGCGAAGAAAUCAAAGGGAGCCGGGUUGAGCAUUGCAGAUCUACGAACUUUAUUUAAUAUGUAAUCUGGAUGGAUAUUGUAAUAGAUUAAAUUUCAUCUAUCACAGGAAA